CAGCGGGCAGGAGGCAGAGACCCGUGGACACAAGGAGCCCGAGACGGAGCCCGGGAGGCGGGGCGCGCCGCGCACGGCCCCACGCCCAGGCCCGCGGGCACCGCGCCCGUCCCCGCGCGCGCUCGCCCGGCCGCCAGGUGAGCCGCCGCGCCGCGCCCGCAGUCUCCGGCCCCGCAGACCCACCGCCCGAGCCGCUGCCUCCUCCUCCGCCGGCGCAUCGCGGACGCCCAGCAGGAAUGAGGGGAGAUUCUUACUUCCUUGGCAUGAGGAGCCUGGGGCAGCAGGAGCAUAUCCCAGAAGAUGGAGGCCUCUUCUUGCUCUGCUGCAUAGACCGGGAUUGGGCUGUGACUCAGUGCUUCACGGAGGAGGCCUUUCAAGCAAUCACGGACUUCAAUGACCUCCCCAACUCGCUGUUUGCCUGCAACGUCCACCAGUCAGUGUUUGAAGGGGAAGACAGCAAGGAAAAAUUUGAGGGCCUAUUCCGGAGUUAUGACGACUGUGUGACGUUCCAGCUGUUUAAGAGCUUCAGACGUGUCCGAAUAAACUUCAGCAAUCCCAAAUCUGCAGCCCGAGCCAGGAUAGAGCUGCAUGAAACCCAGUUCAGGGGGAAAAAAUUAAAACUCUACUUUGCACAGGUUCAGACUCCAGAGACAGACGGAGACAAACUGCAUUUGGCCCCACCACAGCCUGCCAAACAGUUCCUCAUCUCACCCCCCGCCUCUCCUCCCGUCGGCUGGCAGCCCAUCAGCGAUGCCACGCCGGUCCUUAACUACGACCUCCUCUAUGCCGUGGCCAAACUAGGACCAGGAGAGAAGUACGAGCUCCACGCAGGGACGGAGUCCACCCCGAGUGUCGUCGUGCACGUGUGUGACAGUGACAUCGAGGAGGAAGAGGAUCCAAAGACGUCCCCCAAGCCAAAAAUCAUCCAGACCCGGCGUCCCGGCCCGCCGCCCUCCGUGUCCAACUGAGCCCCCGGCUCCACCUCGACGAUAAUAUCCGUCUCCUCUUUAUCAUGCUUCCCCCCUGCCCCCCAACGUUGUUUGUUUGUCAGAAAAAAAAAUAAUUGCCUUUAAAUCCCUGGGUGUUUGGUUGUUUGAGAUUUCCUUCCUUGUAAUCAAGCCUCUCGGACAAAAGGGCUAGGAAAAGGUGACAUGUUUCCUGACCAUAUCAUACCCAUCCAGUAUCAUCCAUUAUUUAGAAGAUUCUAGGGAAAAAAAAAAAGUAGUAUUUUCUUAUGAAAUGAUCAGCACAGCCUAUACCCUCAUGCUCUCCUGUGGCUCCAAGCCAGAGACAUCGGUGACAAAUAGCACCUGUGUUGUCUGUGAGCCGUCCCAGUUCAAGUCCUGAUAUGUGUGCAUUGUUUUUUUCCUGGCCACUUAAUACGUAGGACCAUAAGUAAACUUGACUUUGACUGCAUGAGAUGUCCCUAUCUGGUCUCACCCAGCCCUCUGCACCCAACAUUCCCAGGACAUGCAUGAUCACCAGCAUUUAUUUUCAUGAUUGGAGGGUGUUACUCUAAGUCACAGGUUGUCAGCGUCCAGCCGUGUCCUAUCUAGAUUAGGAAAUUUAUCAGCUUCCUCCAGCGACACGAGGCUGGGUACAGUCACUCUUUUGAGUCAAAGACUUCUUCGCUCUGUUAAAAUUCCUGGAGGCAAAACUGAGCUUGGCCCCAGAGAGACCCCUCCAUAGAUUUUGAACAUGACCUCCCACGUAGAACUUCCCCAGCCUCAUUGGGGAGGCUUGUCCAGGGUGAUAGAGACCGAUUUCGGACAAAUCUAUUUAUUACAAAAGUUUCAUGGUGUCUGAACGAUUGGUUUCUUUUUUUUUUUUUCCUCUUUGUAUAUUUGUACAAAUGGUUCAGCUGUGCUUUUAAUAAUCUGGAUUUUUUUAUUUAGUAACUGUUCAGCUGUUAGCUGCUUCAAACAUACCUGCAUUGCUUAUGAAUGCAUUCAUAUACGAAUACAGGUAAUCUGAUAAUAUUACACACUAUUAUGGAUGAUGCUGAAUUUUGAAAGAUAGCAAAGAUGUCAGCUAAUCAUCUAUAUUUUAGCAUGAGAAGUUCUGUUUAUCAUGAGAAGUUCGGUUUAUCUUGAUAGCAAAGAUAAACCAAAGAUGAAAGUGUUUGUUGCAGACAGUUUAAAUGCAGCUAAGUCCACGGAGCAGCUGCUGAGCAUAAUCAAAAGGAAAGGUUGAUAAACGUUCACCCGGCUUGCUCACGCAAUGCCCAUAUUGCUCAAAAAUGUAUUUGUUUUCGUUAUAUGUGAUUUUUCUAUUUCUCUAGCCCGAAGUGCAUUACAGAAGAUACACCUAUAGAACCAUUACCUUCUGCUAUGUGUGCCAGGCCUCAUCUACUCCUGUACAUUAAUAACGAAUUGCUUUAGAUGCAAAUGCCAAUUACGAUGGAGUGGGGAAAUGCUUUUAUUCCCCAAGCCUCAGAAAAACACACAAGAACAAUAACACAGCCAAGCCAAUGGAAGGAUUGUUGUGGUUUUUGACUAAGGUGUAUGUUAGUUUCAUCAGAAACUUAAAACAUUAGACUGAUCACUCAGUAAUUAAAGUCCGUUCUACUGUGAAUAUAGCAAUAUAGUACUGGACGCAGUACAGGUGAAACUGAGGACAGCGUUGCUUGUAAGAUCCUGAGUUUCCGUAAGAUAAACGAAGGCUCCUUUGAAAAAAAAUAAAACCUGAGGAGUGUAUAAUAAGCAAAUGCUGUUGCCUUUACUUUGCCGGGGAGGUUUCUGGUUUUUUCUUGAACAAAUGAAAGAUUAGCCUUACUAGUGAGGAAAGGCUGCUAUCUAGUGGAGGGAGCAGGGAACUACAGCUGGCAGCCAUCUGGGUCUGAAACUCCUCUCAAACUUCUCCGGGUCCUUUGACUUUGGAAACAACUCACAAUUUUCAGACGGCAGGUUCUAGAGAAAUCUGGGUGAGAGGAAACCAUUUAGAAAUGACUUUUCAAUGUUUUGCAAUGGAUACAGCAGACGUUUCCAACCAAAUUGAGUUAAAAAUUGAAUGACCAUUCUGUGUCUUCAAAAAAAUUAAAACUGCAUGGAGUGUAUGACCCGCAUGGUUAGUCUCGGUGACAUUUAUUCCAAAGGGCCCAUGUUCAUCCAUCUCAGAUCAAGUAACUUGCAUGAGGUUGGGUUUGGGGAGGUGCGGAGAGGAGGCUAUCCCAGGAGAGGGGGAAGGAACAGAAGGGACUCCUUGGAGUGUUUCUGUGGACCCUGCAAGGACUGGAAAAACACCUGCCUUGGUGGCUCUGGGACCCCCAAGUUGCAGACUUCUUUAGCACUAUUUUAAGUUGGAAAAGUUUAAAUAUGGAGGGGAAGGAGCAGAACGCCACCCACUGAAUCAUUUUGUGCACGUGUAGAGCUCAACUGCUUAGAUUUCAAAUACACCUGAUGAAUGAGU